CGAAUACCUCUGGUUUACUAUACAACUUGAUUAAAAGUUAUUUUAUUUAUUUUAUAAAGAGUAACCUUUAAACAUCCUAUCCUCAAGAAUUAAUUAUUAAGAGUCGACAUGGGAGGCACUCGUCAACAAAAAGAAGAAUAUUUCGCCAAAUUACGUGAAUACUUGGAACAAUACAAAUCCAUCUUUGUUGUUGGAGUUGAUAAUGUUUCUUCUCAACAAAUGCAUGAAAUCCGUAAGGCUUUACGUGGUAAAGCUGUGGUUUUAAUGGGUAAAAACACCAUGGUCAGAAGAGCUAUUCGUGGUGUUUUACAUGAAUUACCUGAUUUUGAAAAAAUUUUACCAUUUGUCAAAGGUAACGUUGGUUUCAUUUUCACCAAUGAAAAAUUAACCGACAUUAGAGAUUUAAUUGUUGCCAACAAAGUUCAGGCUCCAGCCAGAGCUGGUGCUUUCUCUGAUGCCGAUAUCUUUAUUCCAGCUAUUAAUACUGGUAUGGAACCAGGUAAAACAUCAUUCUUCCAAGCUUUAGGUGUUCCAACCAAAAUUACCAGAGGUACUAUUGAAAUUACCACUGAAGUUUUAGUUGUUAAAGCUGGCACCAAAGUCGGUCCAUCUGAAGCCACUUUAUUGAAUAUGUUGAACAUUUCUCCAUUCACUUAUGGUAUGACUGUUGUUCAAGUUUAUGAUGAAGGACAAGCUUUUCCAUCUUCAGUUUUGGAUAUCACUGAUGAAGAAUUGAUUGAACAAUUCAUCAAGGCUAUCAAUGUUAUUGCUCAAAUUUCAUUAGGUGCCAGCUACCCAACCUUACCAUCGGUUUCCCACAAUAUUGUCAACCAUUAUAAGAAUGUUUUAGCUGUCUCUGUUGCUACUGAUUAUACCUUCAAGGGUUCAGAAGAAAUCAAAGAAAGAUUGGCUAACCCAGAAGCAUAUGCUGUUGCUGCUCCAGUUGAAACUGCUAAAGAAGAUGCUCCAGCUGCUAAAGAAGAGGAAGAUGAAGAAUCUGAAGAAGAAUCUGACGAUGAAGGUUUUGGAGGUUUAUUCGAUUAAGUUAAUUCAAUGGAUUUGGUUUGAUUUAUAUUUAUAUUUUUUAAAUUACACCAUUUUGAUGGAUUUUAUAAAAGUAUAUUUGUAAACUAAGAUAAAUAGGUUAAUAUUUGUAUUAUUAAUGAAUAAGUAUUAAACAAUUCAACUUCAUUACAAGUUCCAAUUUUGCUUCAUUUUAAUUUGAGUUUGACGUGUAUUAUUGGUGUUACAGAAGUUUGGGAUUGAUUUGAUCAAAAACCAAUAAGGUCAUGCUAUUACCAAUCAAUUUUAAUUGCCUUUAAAACUCAAUUGGUUGUUGAAUAUUGAAAAAUUGUUUGAUUUACUAAUGGAUAAUACUACACAGACAAUUUGAAAAAAAAACUCAAGUC